GGGCGUGAGCCACCGUGCCCGUACUAUAAAAAUUUUAGUAAUAAAGGUUGUCCUUAAUAGUUGGUGUGCACACCUAUAAAACCCACACAAAGUAAUCUGGCCUCUGCAUCUAAUAUCUGCUCAGGAUUGAUGAGCUCUCUCCCUCCAUGUUAGCACAAGAUGGGUUGUUUAAGCUGCCCACACCACUCAUUCCCUGAAGCCAUCGUGACAGGACACUGUCACCUUUGUCAUCCAUUGUGUUGGUAUAUAAAUCCACUCAACUGAUCUGUUCCUGGCCAAGACCACAGACUUUUCCCCUCUCUCUGAGGAGCUAAGGCUGAUGGUCAUAUUUUCGGUUCUGAUUGUUGCAUCAGUAGUAGCAAAUUGCAUUCCCUGUCAAUCGUGUUGUCAAUUCACCCUCUGACAACUAGAGCAGAAGGCCUAAAAUGACUGAGUGCCCACUCUGUGCCAGCUGCCACGCCAGACAAGCGGCUCCCCUGGGAAGACAGCCAGACUCAAGGGCAAGAAAUCAAGGGAAUCAACCAGGAAAGCCCAUUAGGCAUUUUGGGGAAAGACCAGGCAGGAGCUGAUGAAGUCUAGAUGAAAAGUGACAGCCGAGAGAACUGAAAAAGGGGCAGAUGUUGUCUUGUUUGGCUUGAUGGAGCCUCCAGCUGAUUCCAAGUGAAAGCCACGAGGGAGGAGUUUAAAAGGCCUGCAUUCUGCAGGGGAAUCUUCAGGUUCCUGUGGGCUCUCAUCUCCUCACCAAGGAGUCUUCUCACUUAGACCAGCACUCCCAAAACAUGGAACCCUGUAAUCGCUGCAGUGAGCCCAGCUGCUUUGGGGUUUCAGAGGAAAAGGCAAUGUGUUGGCCUAAAGGAAGAAGCCGAGGCAAAAUUAAUGAAUUAGAGAAUAAAAUCCCAGCACGAUGUUCCUCACUGGAGACACCAGUUCAGCUGAGGACAAUAGAGCAGCCACCCUUCCUCAAUGUUCACUGCCAGAAUUAUAUGCAUGUAUUGUGAAUUUUAAUAAGGAGAGCAAGAAAUCAAAUCUUCUACAAAUGCAUGGUACUUCACUUAAUGAAGCACAGGAAGUACUUGCUAAAAACCUGAAUGUCAUGUCAUUCACCAGGGGCACUGAUGUGAGAAGAGAUCUCCAACCUGUUAUGAGGUGCACAGUGGUUAAAAAAGAGCAGAAGCGAGCAUCCAUGACUGAGCUCCUCCACAGCAGCUUACUGGCGGGCUCCCUCUCUCCCGUGGGGAGGCUCUCCAGGUCCCGGCAGAGGCUGUCACAGUGUGGGAUCUCCCCUCCCAAGCGCACUUUUCCUUGUGAAAUUCUCAGUGAUCACUCGAAUGCCUUGGCCCAAGUUACCGUACAGAAGAAGGUUCCAAGCGCCAAAGUCUUGUGCAGCCUAGGCAUUUCCAGUGCCACCCCGGAAAAGUUCGUUUUGGAAGAUAAACUUCAUAGAUACUUCUUAGUGGACCCAGGAAAACAGUUCAUGGAUCUAAGGGAUCUGGAAUGGAGAUAUUUUAAGGGGCUUGCGAAGUGGAGGCGCACUACAGCACUUUCAUUCACAAACGUAAAAUACAACACUGAGAAGAGAUUUAUAGAGAGCCAGGGCAUGCCUGAUGUUAUUUUCCCCCCUAUAGUUCGCAAGUCUUUGGUCGUUUAUCCUCAAAUUGAUUAUCAAAAUGAAGGAAUUUCUUCUCUUAAAUUGAAUAUGUAGUGUAUGAAAAUAUUUUGGACAUAGAUUUUUGCUUUUGAGAGCAUUGAAUUUAUACACAAAAAGUAAAGAAGCCAAGGACCCAACAGAACAUCUGAACUGAGUGUGUACAACACACAUGAAGGUGUACCGUAAAAUUAAGCCAUUAAUACAGAGCAAAAGGUCCAAUUUAAUCUGCUAAUGUGAGAAGUGGUUUGGACUGUGCAACCCAUUUGGACCAGCGCUAAAGCAAAUAUAAGUCAUGUGAAAAGAAAAGGUGUAACUGAAGAAUACCCAAGCAAGAAUAGCUUUUUAAGGAAUUUUAAGCACACAAGGAAGUUCAUCAUCAUAAAAGUAUUUGGUAAGUUCGACAAAUAAAUUAACACGUGAGCAUAUAGAGAUCGACAUGAAAACUUAAAUAUAAUCUAUUAACUGUCCAAUGACAAAGAAGGAAACAGCAUCCAUGAAAUAAGAACAGAAAUAUUUGAAAAAGAACAAAUUGGAAAUCUUGGAAGUGAAAGAUACAGUCAUUGAAAAUUAUAAUAAUAACCCUUGAUAAAUUAUCCCAGUGGUACCCUGGAUAUAUCUGAAGAGAGAGGGCUAACAAGUUGGAAGACAGCACUGAAAAGCUUAUAGAUCAUAGCACAGUAAGACAGAAAAAGAAGAGUGUUGGAGGGUAGAAUGAGAAGUUCAGAAAUGCAUACAAUGGAAUUCGCAGAAAAAAAUAGGAGAAUGGAAAGUAAGUGAUAUGGGAAAAUAAAAUGACAGAAAAUCUCAAGAAACACAGGAGACCUUGAACUGAAAAAUCACAGGCUGAUUAGCAAGAUAUUGAAAAUAAAUCUAUGCCCAGAAAUACUGUAGCAAAACUAUGGACCACUAAGCAAUAAAGGAAAAUGUAAUCUACAAAAGAGAGAUGGAUUACAUACAAAGAAACGACAAAUUGACAAUAGAACGCUCAUUAACAAUAGAGGUCAGAAGACAAUAGUGCCAUAUACUUACAAUGCUGAAGGAAAACAGCUGUCUGUAAUUCUGUAAGCAGCCAAACUCUCCCUGAGGAGUAGGGGUAAAAUAAAUACGUUAAAAAAUACAUGAGCCUAAAAAUGUUUACUAUCCAUAAUCCCUUUCUUAAAAAACUACUGAUAAAGUACAUAUUUUAGUAAGAACCUGGAGGGAAUGCAAGAAAUAAUGGCACGCAAAUUGUUAACAAUAUAUGUAUGAAUGACUGUGUAGAUAUUAAAAUAUAUUUCCAGA